AUGCGGGAAAGGAACAACCUUAUUCUACAACGGUGAAACGAAUUGCAUAAAUCCUGGGUUACUAAACUACUGACUAGGUAUAUUUACGGAACUAUUGACAACAAAGUCAAACGUAUAGCAUUCAAAUUCUCUACUGGGAAACAGAAGUAGCCUGCUGGACCAAAAAAGUUUUUUUUUCUUCCACCCCUCCCUUCCUUCCCACCUUCCUUCCUCUGGACCAAAAACUACGCGGAAUUCUGGAGGAGCUACUGAAGUCACAGUGUCAAAGCAUGCGUUGCCAGUAUUUCAAAUCCACAAAGUGAUCACACUUGGAAAUUUGUCCCCUAUAUGUGACCGUUAUUAAAAACAAUUUACAUAAAAUAUAGCCUAGCAGUGCGCGCUCUCGGUGAAGCGCAGCAUCAGCACCAGUAACUGAUGCGCGUCCCCGUCCCGGCAGAGGCUACCCGAGAUCCCGGGAAGAGGAGUUGGAACUGCGCGAGUUAAAGUUGGGAAAAGGGGGGUGAAAGGAUGCUACCGUGCCCUGUGGAGAGGAGAACACAAUCUACGAUCUAAUUAACAGAGCAUGUGCGGAGACGCUUGUCCUCUGUAAAGGAUGAUUUGCAAAAUAUUGAGCAUAAGCCUUUUAUUUUGGGGUUUUCAAGAGUGCUCAUCACAUGAAUGUGUUGAUCCCUUGGUAUCUUCGCUCUAUGCCAACUCCUUCUUGGCCUCUUCCAGAUAUAACUUUUUGUACUCAGCCAACUUUGCCAAAUUGUAUGGAAGCAGUGGCUGGUCCCCGUCCCCCCGGGACAGACAGCCCUGGCUGCAGAUCGACCUGAAGAGGAAGUACCGCAUCCAGGCCAUCGCCACUCAGGGCACCUUCAAUUCCUAUGACUGGGUCACCAAGUACACCCUUCUCUAUGGAGACCGCCCCGACUCCUGGACACCCUACGUCAUGAAAGGAGGAAAUUCGACGAUGCCUGGGAACUGGAACUACCACCAGGUGAAGAGGAAUGUGUUCCACUACGCCUUCACAGCCAAACACAUCCGCCUCCUGCCCCUGGGGUGGAACACAGAGAAUGGAGGCAAGAUCGGUGUCAGGCUGGAGGUGUUUGGCUGUGCUUACGACUCUUACGUGAUGCAGAUGAACGGGGACGACUCUGUAGCCUACAUGUUCCCAGGGAAGAGGUUCCGGACCCUGCAGGACCAUUUUGCCGUGAACUUUAAGACCCUGGAGCAGGACGGGCUGCUGCUACACAGUGAGGGAGUCCAGGGAGACAUCUUGACCCUGGAGCUGAAGAAAGGACGCCUCGUUCUCACCAUCGGCCUAGGAAGCAGUACGGUCAACCAGGUGGACGGUCGGACCACAAUGACCGUUGGCAACAUACUCGAUGACCAGCACUGGCAUUACGUCACCAUCAAGCGCUUCGGUCGACAGGUCAACUUCACAGUGGACGCCCACACAGAGACGGCGAUCUGCAAUGGCGAUUUCACCUACAUAGACCUGGACACUCAGUUGUAUGUGGGGGGAGUGAUUGAGCCCAAUGUACCCCACCUCCCAGAGGUUCCUAACUUCCGUGGCUGCCUGGAGAACGUCUUCAUCAACGGGAUCAACAUCAUCAACAUGGCCCAGGACCAGGAGCCUGAGAUACGCAUCCCUCGGCAGAAAAAGAUGCACUACGCGUGCCGUGACAUUCUGUGGAAACCCAUGACCUUCGCCGGGCCCAACAACUACCUGCAGGUGCCUGGGUUCUUCAGGAAGCCUCGGAUGUUUGUCAAGUUUAAGUUCCGUUCCUGGGACUACACAGGCCUGCUGAUGUUCACACGCUUUGCUGACGACCUGGGAGCCUUGGAGCUGGGCCUGAGUGAGGGACAGGUCAAUGUCACACUCUUUCAGCCAGGCAAGAAGAAACUACAGUUCGCAGCAGGUUACCGUUUGAAUGAUGGUUUCUGGCACACCGUAGACGUAGCAGCCAGGGACAACCUACUGUCCAUCACCAUAGAUGAGGAGGAGGGCUCUCCACUAAAAAUCACCAACCCUUUCACUGUUCGCACAGGGGACCGCUACUUCUUUGGAGGGUGUCCGAAGACUAACAACACGAUCAGGAAGUGUGAGACCAAGCUGAACCACUUCCACGGCUGCAUGCAGCAGAUCUUUAUCGACAACGAGCCGGUGGACAUCGACAUCAUCCUGCAGCGACGCUGGGGACGCUACGCUGAACUGUUGUUGGGCACCUGUGGCAUCACUGACAGAUGUACUCCAAACCCCUGUGAACACGAGGGCAGAUGUAUCCAGUCCUGGGAUGACUUCAUAUGUCUGUGUGAGAACACAGGCUACAAAGGGGAGGUGUGCCAUAUGUCUGUCUACAAAGAGUCUUGUGAGGCCUACAGACUCACUGGUAAAUCCUGGUCAGGCAAUUACACCAUAGACCCUGAUCUGAGCGGACCCUUGAAACCAUUUGAGGUGUACUGCAAGAUGAAAUCCGACAAGGCAUGGACGUUGGUGAUGCAUGACCGUAUCGACGGCACCAAGGUGACCGGUAGCACGGUGGACCGUCCUUUCAUAGGAGACGUCAACUACUGGAACGCCUCCUGGGACGAGGUCACAGCACUGGCCAACACCUCCAUGUACUGUGAACAGUGGAUCGACUACUCCUGCUACAAGUCACGCAUCCUCAAAACGCCCAAUGGGAGACCGUACAGUUUCUGGAUUGGUCGAAAUAACGAGAGUCACGAGUACUGGGGCGGGGCUUUCCCUGAGAGUGGGAAGUGUGGCUGUGCUAUAAACCAGACCUGCACUGACGCCAGGUUUCACUGUAACUGUGACGCUGACUACCGCCAAUGGUACUCGGACAAGGGCUAUCUGAUGUGGAAGGACCACCUCCCAGUGAGGAAGGUGGUGGUGGGGGACACCAACAGGACCGGGUCAGAGGCCCACUUCAGUCUCGGGCCCCUACGUUGCCACGGCGACAGGAGCAUCUGGAACACCAUAUCGUUCACCAAGCCCACUUACAUCGAGUUCCCCACCUUCAGGCCAGGCAGCACCGUUGACAUCUCCUUUCACUUUAAAACCUACCGCCCCCACGGAGUCUUCCUGGAGAACUCAGACGACUGGCUCCGUAACUUCAUACGCAUUGAGCUCAACACCACCCAGAACCUCGUCUUCAUAUUCAUGGUGGGAGACGGCAUCCUCAAUGUGACGCUACGGUCACCGGUGCCUCUAAACGACAAUGAGUGGCACUUUGUCCAGGCAGAGCUCAACGUGAAGUUGGCCAGGAUCAAGGUGGACUACCAGCCAUGGGCUGUGAGACGCUUCCCUGGCCAGACCUUUGUCACCAUGAAGUUCACCCACCCUCUCCUCGUGGGCGCAGCCAAUCGCACACUGUGGCCGUUCCUGGGCUGUCUCCGAGGGUUACGAAUGAACGGUAUAACUCUUGACUUGGAAGGGAAAGCGAAUGAAGAACAGGGUAUACGGCGGAACUGUACGGGCCAGUGUCUGAACGCGACCAUACCGUGUCGAAACGCUGCCCAGUGUAUCGAGGGCUACGCAGCCUACACCUGUGAUUGCGGCAACACUGCCUUCGACGGAUUCUACUGCCACAAAGACAUUGGGGCCUACUUUGAGAUAGGUUCGUGGUUGCGCUACAACAUCAGAAAGAAGCCUACAACCAAUGAGGAGUGGUGGGCUAACUGGCUGGAUCCCCACUACCACAACUUCAGCCUGGGCUACAACGACACCAGUGAUGAGAUAGAGUUCAGCUUCAGUACCUUCCAGACCCCGGCUGUACUACUCUACAUCAGCUCAUUUGUCCAGGACUACAUGGCUGUCAUCCUGAAGAAAGACGGAACCUUAGACAUGAGGUAUAGGUUGGGGUUGAUUACCCACAAGUACCAGCUGUCCUUCAGGAACCUGGCAGAUGGAUACCCCCACUAUGUCAACAUAACCAGACACAACAGGACCAUCAGGACACAGGUGGACUACAUGGAGCCGAUAGUGGAGAAGAUCACCCUAGUGGAGGAUGGCAGGUUUGACUCACCCAAGAACAUCUUCCUGGGGAGAGUGAUGGAGGUGGGUGAAAUUGACUAUGAGAUCCAGAGGCAUAACAGUCCUGGUCUGGUGGGCUGUAUAUCUGGGGUGAGGUACAACAUCUACGCCCCUCUCAAGACCCUCUUCCGGCCCAACGAGACGGAACCGCCGGUCACCGUGCAUGGCUUCGUCUCCGAGUCUAACUGUGGGGCCUUCCGUCCUGUCCAUGGAUAUGUCCCCUGGGAGGCGGACCCCUGGUUCACUUCUAUAGAAUACAUCUAUAUCCAUGAUGACCUAGGCCUGUUUUGGUUGACAGUUGUUGUCAUCGCGGCCGUGAUAUUGCUGUUCAUAGGUCUGUACAGCAUCUACAUCUAUCUGUACCGGUACAAGGGCAGCUACCACACCAACGAGCCCAAGAACUUCCUGGAGUCCCCUGGAGGCAGCAGCUCCAGACCCCUGACAGGGACCCUGGAGAAGAAGCGACUUCCAGAGAUAGAGGAAGACUUUCGGAGUGACUAGCCUCAGGCUGGGGA